AUGGCCGCGACAACCCAACCAACUCCCUUUGGCAAGCCGAUGCUGAAGCACUGGAUGUUUGAUCCUGCCUAUAAGAACUUGAACCAUGGAUCAUUCGGUGCGCAUCCGAUUCCUGUUAAGGACGCACAGCGUGCCUUCAUGGAUCUCGCCGAUGUGCGGCCAGAUCCGUAUAUCCGCCGAUACCACGCAGAGCAUCUGGAUGAAGCCCGUGGGGCUGUCGCAAAGCUCCUGAACGCUCAGAGGGAGGAGUGCGUAUUUGUCAAAAAUGCGACUACAGGCGUGGCGACGGUACUGUAUAAUUUGGCUUUCCAGCCGGGUGAGGCGCUCAUUUACUUCGAGCCUGUCUACGGUGCUGUUGAGAAAGGUGUUGUCUCGCUACAGGAGCAUAGCUCUUUGCAGUCCCGAAAAGUGUCUUUCCAAUUUCCCAUUACUGAAGAUGAGCUGGAACGCCGUUUCCGCGAAGUGAUUCGCCAGACUCGUGAAGAGGGACUCAAAGUCCGGGCCAGUGUCUUCGACGCCAUUGUCAGUAAUCCGGGUGUGCGAUUCCCCUUUGAGCGUAUUACUGCCAUUUGUCGUGAAGAGGGUAUUUUGAGCGUUAUCGAUGCUGCGCACGGCAUUGGAAAUAUCCAUCUUGAUAUGGAGAAGCUACAGGCUGACUUUUUCGUAUCAAAUUGUCACAACUGUGCAGUCCUCUACGUCCCCCGACGUAACCAGCAUCUAUUGCGCACCACCAUGCCAACAUCUUGGGGAUUCAUCCCAGCUCCGGACUCCGCUGAGACUAUUGCCUCAGUGUUGCAAGACCCUAACGCCCCGGUGACAAAGACUGCCUUCGAGCAACUUUUCGAGUUCGUCGCCACCAGUGAUGACUCCGCUUACAUCUGCGUCCCCGCAGCACUGAAGUUCCGCGCUGAAGUAUGCGGAGGCGAGGAUGCUAUCAUUGCCUACAACCAACGUGUUGCAAAUGAAGGCGCAGACGCUGUUGCUGCUAUUCUCGGUACUGAGGUCUUGCAAGAACCUGAUCUGAAGCCUGGCGAGCAGAGCCGUAUGCGCCAAUGUUCCAUGACUACAAUCCGGCUGCCCAUUGCUGUUGCUGCUGCCGGAAAGGAGACUGAAUCUCUCAACCAUACCCCUUUGGUUGUGUUGUCUGAGGAAGAAGCUCCUAAGGCAUUUUCUUGGAUUCAGACGCAGUUGCUGGACAAGCAUAACACUUUCCUGCCGGUUUUCCGCCAUGGUCCUUGGUUGUGGACUCGUCUGAGUGGCCAGACUUAUUUGGAGACAAGUGAUUUCGAAGCUAUUGGGGUUGUUUUGCGUGACAUCUGUGGACAGAUUGCGAAGAAGGAAUUCAAGGCUUGA